AUGAACAAUAGAGCUGAGACCGAAACUGGACACAGUGAUCCUAGUCAAUCCUGGAAACCAAGAACACAGCAACAAAAGAACUCUGAGUUCUUUGAUAAACUAGAACAAUUUGAGCAGAAGUAAGAUUACAUUUAGUUGUCUUAGUUAUGCUUUUCAAGGUAGAACUAUUUUUAAUGAUGUUUUUACAUGAGAGAACAACAAAUCUAAGUACACAAUUCGUACAAAACGGCGCCCUAGAAGAUUGCAAUAUUGAUUGUAAGAUGAUCAUAGUGAGUUAAUUUGACCAUGCCAAUUUUUUAGGAUUUCUGCUCUUGAAAAGGAUAAAAAUACACCAUUAUACAGCAGACGCAGUGAAUUUCGUAAAGAUUAUUGUGAGCUUGAAGAACUGGAGCUGAAGUCAACAAGUGACUGGAAAACAGAGAGUAAGUAAUAUUUACACGUUUGUUCCUUGUUUUCAUCUGACAGUCAAUGAUGAAAUUCGUGUGGUUCGUAUGUGUCUUUGAAUCUUUUGAUAAAGCCUCUUCAGCAACAAGCAGUGUUCCCGGGAGUUUUCAGUGAAAUAUAUUUUGAAGAAAUUACAUAAUUUGUUAAAUAAGAGGACUUCCUGGAAAUUCUGCUUAAUUUACCAAUAAACUAUUCGCUGAACCUUAUCAUGCAGAACUGAUACCAUUGUUGUUUCUAAAUUAAACAAGAAGACGCCCGAAGGCGCUUACACGGGAUGUGUGGGUUUAAGAAAGAAUUACGGGUAUGUUGGAUGGAAAUGGAAGUUGAGUAGUGUAUGCAACAAAUGUGUGCAGGAGAGACGGAGAUGUUCUGUUACGGACUAAUACACUAGAAGAUGAUUUUUAUACACAAGUGUUCCUUUGCUACUCAAAACAAAACUUACAUCAAUAUUAUGCCACCAUAUAUGUUAGGAGUAUGGGGUAGUUCACUAAAAUUUGCAUUCCUUUACUAAUGUCCUCAAAAAAUGCACUUCCACAUUUAACAAUAGCAUGUAAUGUAUCAUACUUCCAAUAACUACAGGGCUGCAAGGAAGUGCUCUAGGGAAAAUUUCAGAGACCCCUUUGGGCUCCCCAAGCAUUUUUAGCUGGGGUACCCGGGCCUCUAAGUUGGUCGCCCAAAUUAAUAAAUCAAUGAGCUGUUAGUUAAUUAUUAAACAUUAAACAAAUUAUUUUCUUAACAAGUCAAGCAGAAUUUUGGGAAUAUUUUUUUCAUGAAAAAUCACAUCCCUUUGACCUCCUGAGCAUGCGAAAAAAAAAACCCCGCAUGUUGUCAUAUGAAAGUAAGUUUUCGUGCCAUAUGAGAAACAUGGACAACGCCGCCGAACAUUUCAUGUUUUUUAAAUAGAAAAAUAAAUUUGGGGUCAAAAAUAAGAGCACUAUUCUUUUUACUAAUCAUUUUGAUUUAGGUCAGGAGCUCCUGUUUAGGUUGAAAAGAAAAUUCGCUUGUUAAGAUUGACUGAGAUCCCAUGGAGCUUUCCAGGAAAACUGUUAUGGUUUCAACGAAACCGCGGCGCCCCCCCCGGGGGGUUACUUGUGUUAAUUUUUGCUGGGUAUGUGCCGCUGGCCUCUCAGAACCCCUACCCCAUUAUAGUCUUUUCUGUGGCCAAUAUUGUAGACCCCAUAUUAGUCACUCUUGGGGAAAUAUGUGAUUUUUGCGAUCCCAAGUUAGUCACUUUCUAUUUACCGUAUUUACCCGUGUAUAAUGCGCACUUUUUUUACGACAUUUGAGGCUGAAAAAUUACGCUGCGCAUUAUACACGGAACCUUUUGUUUCCGAAGCGCUACUCAUUUGCAUAAACAAAAGAAACAAUAGCAGAUGGCUGUUUCCAGGACUGUUGUUAUGACAAGAAUAUAAACUACCUAUCACAGCUGUUUAAUUACAAUCAAUAAACAACAAUCGGUAUUUAAAGACAAUGUUGUCAAGUAUCUUUAUUUCAAUCACUGUUAACUUACGUGAUCGAUUAUGGCGACGAAGCGACAAAGUUAUACAACAUCAGAAAAGUUAAAGAUUAUACAGUUUGCAGAAGAACACGGAAAUCGAGCAGCCCAGAGAGAGUUUGGAAUUGCAGAAAGUAACGUUCGUUUGUGGCGCAAGUCCAAAGAAAAUCUUCAAACAAAUUCCUUGGACGGUUCCGAAGACGAUUUUAUAUUUGAUACCUCCUCAGAUGAUGAAUCGAUCGAGUCAGAGUCAGACUUCGAAGGAUUUUAAGCUAUCGGUAUUAUUGUAAAUAGGCCACUAGGAUCAUUGCUGUACUGUAACAAAGAUUGUAAGAAAAAAAGUCGAGCUUUUCUUCUGUAAACUUAAAGUUUACGGGUACUUGUAAUAAACUGUUAUACUGAAGAAUAUUUUGUUGUAUUUUGCGCUGAAAAUGUUUCGGUUUGUGGCUUUAAUGACAAUAGGAAUUACAAUUUUUUUCUAGAAAGUGUCUUGAAAAAUAGGGUGCGCAUUAUAUACGGGUGCGCAUUAUACACGGGUAAAUACGGUAUGUAUCUACCUUAUAGGUCAUCAAGAAAUGAAUUGACCUAUUUUUUUAAUAAAUUGAAUGAAGAACACGUUACUUUUCACCUACAGUACAAAUAUCCUGAUAGGUUUGCUAACCGUAAAUAUGAACAGCUCUCUUACCCCAAAAAUCCGAAAAUGUGCGACCCCAUUCUAGUAACUCUUUUGAUAAUGUUCAAUCUAGUCGUGAAAAUGCGACCCCAUCCAGCGGCACAUCCCUAUUAGCCUAUUUAUAAGGAAGUGCCCCCCCCCCCCCCCCCCCCCCCGGGGGCCGCCCCAAAACUAUUAUCUCUUUUGAAUAGAUCAUCUUGUUGUAAAGUCGUCUUUUAAGCGCAAAACAGAAGUAUUUUCUUUCUAUAUUACCGGUGAAAUGUUCAGGACAAAUGUAGAUUCGGUUAGCUUUUGCGUAUUUAUUUUUAGUAUGUGAUACGUAAUGCCUUAUCACGACACGAAAGACAAUGCAGGAUUUUAUAGAUUUAUACCCCCUUUAUACCGAUUCUAGAACAAUCACAAUUAUAAUAGUCGUCUCUUUUCUUUUUUAUGCAUCGUAUUUUACUGGAAUAACAAUCUUAGUUAUGUUUUAUCCUCGCAGACACAGCAGUCAAAAAAGGUAAAAAUAUUUAAAGAACAUAGAAGACCGACUCCCUUGUUUAUUCAGCGAUUUUUCAAAAUACAAAACUAUUGUUUUGCAUCGCCGACCGUACUUCACGCCUGUCAAAGCAAAAGUAGCAACUUGUUUUGAAAAACUAACUAAUGAACAAUCCUAAUUUGAAGAAAAAAUUUCAAUGUUACUAUGAAAAGCUGUUACUAUCGAAAACUGUGCAGCUUGUCACGUUCAUAGUCAAGGAUUAUGUUACAUGUGAAUUCACGUGAAACGACCUUUGAACAUCAACGCAUGCCCACUGCCCGAUUUAACAACAUUUCCUAAAGCUUUUUGAUAGACAUGCUACUUAUUGCUACUUACAGAGUCGACCUCAAGAGUUUCUUAGCGAGAGGAGCGUUCUUUUUAGGCCGCGAAGCCACUGAGAGAGCUACGAUUUCGCAAGUAAUAAAUUCUAGACAUUCUUAGCUUGUUGACUGUAACUCAACAGAAACAAGAAACCAACACCAGCAAGUUGCCCGGCUGGGCCACCUAGACAAUAUUUUCAGUCGCCCGAGGCCAAGUCUUGUGCAGUAUUAAGAGCACGGCCUUGAAUCUUAGUCCUCUUCUACACAGUGAGCUUACUUUUCCCUCCUUUGCUGACGCAGUAUGUUUUAUCGGCUUGUGCAAUCCAGCCUGACUUGCACGUGCUUCGACGUUGGGGCCAAUAAAAAUCCACACAAUUUCUCGGGACGGGCACGGGAUACGGGAAAGUUAAUUUUUGACUCCCAAGACGACGAAAGGAAUGCGCUACCGAAUUUUAGACGCUGGCUGACUACGUCAUCCCGCGUAAUAAGCUCCCCGCCUCUAUUAAGCCCACCCCCCCCCCCCUCCCGCCUAAAAUGGGCUCAAAAUAAAUGAUCCCCCCCGGGGGGGGCAUAUUAGAGGAUUUAAGUUAAUACGGUAAGUGUGUUAGGGUGUGUUUGAUUGACCAUACUCCACACAGAAGAGGAAAAAAUUGAAUAAAGUCUAGAAAUCACUUGUUUUUCCAUUCAUUGCAUUACAAUAAAUAGAAAUCUGCUUUAAGUGAAAUAUUCCGAUUUAUAUAGCAUUUAAGUGUUCCAAAAUGCAUUAAAAACUUUUACAUUAUCUUAUUCCAGAAUACAAUCAAUCAUACACGCUUUAAAUAUGUUACUUACCUUUUGGAUUUUUUUGUUUCUUGGAGUGAAGGUUUUAUUUUGGUUGUUCCUUAUUUCUUUGUUGCUUUGCAGAGCAUAAACUAAAGCAGCAGUUGGGCAAAAUUAGGUCAAAUGUGGACAAAUUUCAACGGAAUCUAAGAGAUGUCAAGCCAUCUCCUGAAUUUGUUGAAAAGCUCAAAGAGAUCAUGGAGGAAAUUGAGAAUUCUAUGAUGACUUUUAAAGAGCAGCAAAGGAAAGUGUAUGUAUUCUGAUCGAUAGAAUGUUGUUUUGAUUAUCCUAUUAAUGGAAGUUUUACAACAGAAAUGUUAAAUGCAGUUAUUGGAGCAUGAUGCCAUUAAGUCAGCAAUAUAUAAUACAAUGAUAAUAAUAGUAAUGAUGAUGAUGAUAAUAACAAUAAUAAUAAUAAUAAUAAUAAUAAUAACAAUAAUACUUUAAUUAUCCUCACCCCUUAUGGAGCUCUUAAAAUCUCUGCAGGAAUGACUGAUUAUGAUCGCCAUGAUUAUUUUAAUUUAUAUAACGACAACAUGUGAUCUACAAGUCUAUUGUUUUUACUGUCAAACUCAGAAAACUAUGAAGACCUGGAAAAAUUUCGGGAAUGUUGAUUAAAGUUAUGGACACAUGAGCAAACCUCAGAACCACAAUACUAAUUACCAUUGUUGUUUGUGGUUUAGUUUUCUCAUGCCUUAAUGGCAUAAAUAUUGUCUGGUGUUCACGGUUUUG